AUGCGGUGGCGGCUGCCUGGCGCCCGAUCGACUCUCCCCGCCAGCGUCGUUCUCCUUCUGCUCCCUGUUCUUGUUGCUCCGCAGCAGCAGCCGGAACAUCAUGACCGUCCUUCGACCUUGUCGGUCCCCUUAGGGUCGACCGGCCAUGCUGUUGGAAAAGAUUUGCAUACUCCAUUGAACGUGAAAUCCACCGAUGCGAGCGCCCUAGCAACUAUGGCUCUGGCGGGCCCCGGCCGCGCCGUUCGAGCCCCUCCUGCCCAGGUCAGCAGUCCGUCUGCUGGCCUCUCUACGCCGCUUAACGCGCGAUCUCUGCAGGAUUGGGAGGUUGAGGACUUUGUCCUACUGGCGACCGUCGACGGGUCCAUUCACGCUCGAGACCGCAAGACAGGUACGGCCCGUUGGGCCCUGGAAGUGCCGAGUAGUCCCAUGGUCGAAAGCAUCUAUCAUCGAGCAAAUCGAUCCAGUUUUGACCGGGCUCAACCCGAAGAUGACUUCAUAUGGAUCGUUGAGCCGAGUCAAGAUGGGAGCCUUUUUAUAUACAGUCCUGGACCGGACGCAGGAUUACAGAGGUUGGGAUUGACGGUGAAAGACCUGGUGGAUAAGACACCGUAUUCGGGAACGGACCCCGCCGUUACGUAUACCGCACGAAAGGAGACCACCCUCUAUACAAUUGACGCCCGGACCGGUACGAUCUUGCGCGUGUUCAGUUCUCGAGGUCCAAUCCCCUCGGGACAAGAGUGUCGGAAAGUUGACGGACUCGACAUGGACUCGGAUGACUGCGAAUCCCCGUCCGGCACCCUGGUUCUCGGCCGGAUUGAAUAUGCUGUAGCUAUUCAGAAUACCGAAACCGGCGAUCCGAUCUGUACCUUGAAAUACUCGGAAUGGGCGGGCAACAAUCGUGACCUAGACCUCCAGGAUCAGUACUACCGAACCAUGGAUGAGAGUCACAUAUAUAGCAUGCACGAUGGAGUAGUGCUGGGCUUUGACCAUUCUCGGAUGGAACGACCGCGUUAUACCCAACGAUUUUCCACACCAGUUGCUCGGGUUUUUGAUAUCAUUCGCCCGACCAACCUCGAUUCACCUGACGCACCCACGCCUCUGGUGCUCCUCUCGCAGCCUCUGCAGCCCCCUGAUCCCGAUUACGGCUCCUUGGAUGAUCGGGAUACCCGUGUGUAUAUCGAUAGCACUGAAGCGGGGGGUUGGUAUGCCAUGUCGGAGGAGACAUACCCGUUGGCCACUGGGCGGGCCAAGAUGGCACAAUGCUACGAGAAGGAUUACUUCCGUCAUGGACAAACGCUCAUGAGCUUGACACCCAGUCAACAGCGAGACGCGUUGGCUGGUGUGCACUCGCUUAAUGGCCCCCGUUUUGUUCGUCACAUCCCUAGCCUAUCUGGAUCGUCGAGAACGGAGCUUUCCAAUGGUACUCCCCAGGAAUUAGCCCGUAGUCAUUCAGAACUAGCCCUUCCUCCGGCAUUGCGGCAUAGUACAAUUAUCCGAAAGGGGUGGGAUAACGCCGUCGACAUCUUUGUGACUUUAAUAUUGUUGUUCUUCGGGGCCUUCAUCUAUCUCAACUCUCAUAAUAUUCAGGAACUGGCCAAACAGAAGUUGGAUUUAAAGAACAUCAUUUCUUCGUACCAGCCGCCCCUGUCCACACCGUCAACUCCAGUGGUUGGCGCGCAACUCAACCGAGAUUCUAGUCCUGCUCGACCAGUGCCCAAUGUAACAGUCGAUGUCAGUGUUCCGGAAGACCAACAGCGGGGCGGGGAUGUAACCCCGAAACCAAAGAAAGAUCGCAAUGUCCUCGGGCCCGAUAGCACGCCACGAGUACGCAUUCGAGAGCCUUCUCGAGGCCCAGAUGGCGACGAGGACGUGGACGAGGUAGCUCUCGAUGGCGCAGAGAAGCCCAAAAAGAAAGCUCGCCGUGGCCGUCGUGGAGGCAAGGCGCACAAGCGGGGCAAAAAGCCGGACUCCGAAGGCGACUCUCAAACUGAUCGGGUUGUCAACGAUGUGAACAAUCUCCAGUCCAAGUCUCGUUUAGAGCCUGAUGUGCAGAUGGUCCGUACAGUGUCCAACGAGAUCAUGGAGAUGGAUGGCGUUCUCCAGAUUGGCCGACUGAGGGUAUUUACUGAUGUCGUUCUGGGACAUGGAAGCCAUGGAACUGUCGUCUACCGAGGUUCAUUUGAUGGACGUGAUGUCGCGGUGAAGCGUAUGCUCGUGGAGUUUUAUGACAUAGCGUCUCAUGAAGUUGGCUUGUUACAAGAGAGUGACGACCAUGCGAACGUCAUUCGUUAUUACUGCCGCGAACAGGCGACCGGCUUUCUCUACAUAGCACUCGAGCUAUGCCCAGCUUCUCUGCAAGAUGUGGUGGAGCGCCCUUCGGACUACCCACAAUUGGUCCAGGGUGGACUGGAUGUGAACAUGCCUGAUAUUCUGCGUCAGAUAAUCUGCGGUGUUCGGUACCUGCAUUCCCUCAAGAUUGUCCACCGUGAUUUGAAACCACAAAAUAUCCUCGUAGCCAUGCCUAGGGGACGUUCCGGAACGCGGUCCUUGCGUCUUCUCAUCUCCGAUUUUGGUUUGUGUAAGAAAUUAGAAGACAACCAAAGCUCUUUCCGAGCCACCACGGCACAUGCCGCGGGAACAUCUGGCUGGCGUGCCCCUGAACUCCUGGUGGAUGAUGACAAGACCUCGGUAAUCCAAGGCACCGAGUCUCAGCACACCGAGUCCUCGGAGCCCGCCGUUGUCGACCCCCAAACCAACCGACGAGCCACCCGUGCUAUUGACAUCUUUUCUCUGGGUUGUGUGUUCUAUUAUGUCCUGACCAGGGGCAGCCACCCAUUUGAUAAAAAUGGCAAGUUCAUGCGCGAGGCAAACAUUGUUAAAGGCAACUACAACCUCGAUGAACUGGAACGCUUGGGUGACUAUGCAUUCGAAGCGCGCGAUCUCAUCCAGUCGAUGCUGUCACUUGAUCCACGGAAACGGCCCGACGCCAGCUCCGUCUUGACGCAUCCAUUCUUUUGGAAUCCAUCUGACCGUCUCACCUUCCUCUGCGAUGUAUCUGACCAUUUUGAGUUCGAACCGCGUGAUCCUCCCUCCGAAGCUCUCCUGUGUCUAGAAUCCGUCGCUUCACGCGUCAUGGGCCCUGAGAUGGACUUCUUACGUCAGCUGCCCACUUCCUUCAAAGAUAACCUGGGCAAGCAGCGCAAGUACACAGGGUCCAAGAUGCUCGACCUCCUCCGGGCACUCCGUAACAAGUGCCAUCACUACAAUGACAUGCCCGAGCAUCUCAAGGCCCAUAUUGGUGGCCUGCCCGAGGGAUACUUGAGUUUCUGGACCGUCAGGUUCCCGAGCUUACUCAUGAGCUGUCACUCUGUGAUCGUCAACCUGAAGUUGACACGGACCGACCGCUUUAAGCGGUACUUUACUGUACCGGAGUAA